UACUUUGAAGGGUUCACAGGAAGCGUAAGGAGCUGGUAGUAGCUUAACUUUUGAAGACUUCGGUUCUUGGAGUUUUGCGGUCUGUGGAGUGUUUGGAUAAGUAGUUGAGUGCGUCGAGGCGGCGGUAAAAUUAUGUUUGAGUGACAUAAAGUCUUCUGAAUACCGCAUGGAAGAACGAGGAGCAUCGCUGAGCUGAUCCAAAGAGCCAAAGAAGAAGAAAGUAGGAGGAACGCGACGGCUCGAGAAGCGCAAUCGGUCGAAACCAAUGGGUUUCCAGUAAAUAGUCGGUUCGUAGAAGCUGCAUGUCUCCGGGACGUUUCCACGCCGAACUAAAGGCGAUCUCCUCGAACAAAGAAGUCCAAUGAGUCCUCGGAUCUCUCACGGCUUCCCAGUUCCUGUGAUGGUGUGAGGAUGGGUCCGGGCGGUGCUGGAGGUCACUGCAGCCCUGGAGGCUGAUCGCCGCCCCCUCGGGCCGCUCAGGAUGCGCGUGGCCUCGGUGGGUGUCAGCAAGUCCUGCUUCCUGCUCUCGCUGGCCUUCGGCGGCCUCCUGCUCAUGCUCAUACCGGCCCUCCAGCCCCAGGGUCCCCAGGCGGACCUGCCUCAGCCCCGACCCCAAAGCCGGCCCGCGCGGGGCCCGUCGCGGCAGGACGGGGCCUCGGCGCCGUCCGGCGUGGCCCCGGGACUGAAUGGAAGCUCAGCGGGCCGCAGUGAACCCACAAAGGCUGAACCCAGGCCUCAAGGUGGUGGAGACUCUAAAAGGAGCCCAGACAGAGGGGCUCUCCUUCGGGGAAAGGGUGGGGAAUAUUUCGGUUCUAGGUCCCGUGACCUACUGGAGCUGAAGGAUAUUUUUAUUGCCGUGAAGACCACAAAGAAGUACCACAAGUCCAGACUGGAGCUGCUGAUUCAGACCUGGGUUUCCAAAGCGAGAGAUCAGACCUACAUUUUCACCGAUGGGGAAGACAAGGAGCUGCGGGUGCGAACAGGGGUUAACCUCAUCAACACUAACUGCUCGGCGGCCCACACCCGACAGGCUCUGUGCUGCAAGAUGUCUGUGGAGUACGACAAAUUCAUCGAGUCCCAGAGGAAGUGGUUCUGCCACGUGGACGACGACAACUACGUGAUCCUGCCCAGCCUGCUGCAGAUGCUCUCCUCCUACCACCACAGCCAGGACGUGUACCUGGGCCGACCCAGUCUGGAUCACCCCAUCGAGGCGGCGGAGAGGAUCAAGAGCGACGGCUCGGAGUCCGUCAGGUUCUGGUUCGCCACCGGUGGAGCGGGCUUCUGCAUCAGCAGAGGUCUGGCGCUGAAAAUGAGCCCGUGGGCCAGCCUGGGGAAUUUCAUCAGCACGGCGGAGCGGAUCCGGCUGCCGGACGACUGCACCAUCGGCUACAUCAUCGAGGCGCUGCUGGAGGUGGCGCUGACGCACACGCACCUCUUCCACUCGCACCUGGAGAACCUGCAGAAGCUGCCCACGGCCACGGUGCUGCAGCAGGUGACGCUGAGCUACGGCGGCUUUGAGAACAGGAGAAACGUGGUGAGCGUCGUCGGGGGCUUCUCUCUGGCCGAGGACCCCACGCGGUUUAAGACGGUCCACUGCCUCCUGUACCCAGACGUCGCCUGGUGCCCAAAGCUCAAGCCUCGCCACAAAAGCUGAGCCCCACAGAGAAUGCAGCCCACACGACUCCGCAGCUUCUUUCACUGCGCCUUCAGAUCAUCAGCCAAGUAUUAAACAGUUUAAAUGUUUUUGAGCUCGGACAAGGACUGACCUCAUGUUUGAGAGAUUACAUCUGACUGACAUGGACACAUUUACGUCAGUCUGUUCUCAGCCAAAUAGCUUUUUCUUAAAUGAAAUGUUUUGGGUUUCUUUGCACUACAUCCAUUGGGUCGCUUCCUCAUAUAAUCUUUAUUAUUAUUAUUUUGUACGUUCCUCAUAUGUCGAAACCCACAAACCCACACUGAGUUUUAAAUCAACUGUGUAACUAAGAAGCUGCCCUGACGGAGAGCUGACGUCAGCUGGACAUUGGAUGAACUUCAUGUCAUGCUUGAAUCAGGCUGAUCUCUGCACGCUGGGAACGAGACAGGGGUGUUUGCAGCCUGAAGCUUGAGUAGGACUCUUAUUUUGAAAGCACCAGGAGCCUUCGGUGUGUGAAGACAGAAGAUACCUGACAGCACGUGCAGUCACAAACCAGUUUCAGUAUUUCCAAUUUUUUUAAAGAUAAAUUUGUGUAAUUAAAAAAAUCUGUCUACCCUUUUGGCACAAGACCAGAAUCCCAAACUCUUGCUCGUGUCCUGCUGCAGGUCAGUGGGCAAAACGGGGACAUGUGGAGAGGGGGACAUUUUCUACACACUGAUGUAUUAUGACGUUUCAAUAAAAAUAAAAGUGUUCUGCAAUAAG